AAGCAGCCCAAACAAGCUAGGAUGAUCCUCACGCAGUGCGCCGUCUGCGCCACCGAGCUUGGGCUAACCUUGGGGAAGAAAUGCGGCCGCUGCAGCACGCGCUAUUGUGGGCCCGAAUGCCAGGUGCAGCACUGGAAAGAGGGCGGUCAUGACCAGCUCUGCAAGAAGAUUAAAAAAGCGGGUGGAGCCGAACAGUACAACGCAAAUAAGAAGUACGCGGAGGCCGUCGCCGUCGCGGCCGAGGCGUGCGCCGACGACACGAGGGGCCAGACGUGCUACAUCUGCACGCAGGCCGUCCAUUGGAAGACGAAGGAGGGUCUUGUGCGCGGGUGCGCGUGCCGCGGGACGGCGGGCUUCGCGCACGUGUCGUGUUUGGCGGAGCAGCCGAAGAUUCUGGUCGCGGAGGCCGAGGAGAACAAUUUGGACCUCGAGGUGAAGCAGGCGAGGUUUAAUCGUUGGCACACUUGUAGCCUGUGCGAGCAAGACUAUCACGGCGUGGUUUACUGCGCGCUCGGCUGGGCGUGCUGGAAGACGUACGUGGGUCGGGCGGAGAGGGAUCAGAGUAGGCGCUUGGCGAUAAACAUGCUCGGGCUCGGUUUAAGUAGUGCAAACCACCAUGAUGACGCGCUGGUCGUGAAAGAGGCCACUUUGGCUAUAAUGCGGCGCCUUGGCGACUCAGAAGACAACAUGCUUGCCGUGCAGAGUAAUCUUGCGAAUACGUAUGAGGUGCUCGGACAAUAUGAACGGGCCCUGCAGAUGCGGCAGGAGGCGUACUCUGGACGUGUGAGGCUCAACGGUGAAGAACAUGCACAAACCCUCCGAGCGGCCGACAACUACGCGCUAUCUCUUCUUAAACUACGGCGCUUCGAAGAAGCGAAGAGAUUGCUACGCAAAGUGGCGCCAGUGGCGCGACGCGUCCUCGGUAAGGACCACGAGCUCACGUUGUCUUUGCGCGAGGACCUCUGUCACGCGAUGCUAGACGAGGACUCUGCCGCCGACGAAAAGCGCGAGGCGCUUGAGAUGCUCAAGGACACGGCAGGGGCAAUGCGCCGCGUCCUGGGCCCGGAUCACCCAGAUACCGUGCACGCCCAAACUAGGCUGGAGUCUUACGUGGAAAAGUACCGCGAGUCGGUUUGA